AUGAUUGAGAAAAUUACCAUGAUAAGAUCUAGACAAAAAACUAUAAUAUACGCUGCUUGUAUAUUAUGGUUGAUUGGAAUAAAUAUAUGGCUCCUCAAAUCAUAUUGGUCUAAUAAUCCUGACGAAUUAACAGGAGAUCUGUCCCAUUCUAUUUAUAAUGAAUUGGAUUCAGAAUAUUACAGUAAACAAACUGAAGAUGAUAAUGAUAAAGUGCUAGAAGAGUCGUUGGAACUGGGUAGACCAUAUACUGAUGAUUUAACGAUCAAGAUCUUACAAAAACAGAUUCAAAAGGAAAAAAAAGAUGUUAGAUCAAUAGAAGGUGUUGCUUCGGUAUAUGAUUCUAUUUUUAAGAAUCAUGAAAUAGAUUCAAUUUUUGGAAAUUUGGAUUUCAAUCAAAGGUGUACUUUAUUUUUCAAGAAUUUAUUUAUUAAAGAUAAUAAUUGGAUUUUCAAUCCUAAUGAAGAAAUGAAGUUGGAAAAUAAGAACGAAUUCAAAUUUAAUGAUUAUAAGAAAUGGCAUUUGGAUGAAUUUAAGAAACAGUUUGCCAAAGAACACAAGAAGAAAUAUGAAGAAGUUGAAGGAUUAAAUGAGUUUCAAGAUUUUGUUAAAUUGAAAUAUGAAGAAUUUUGGCAAAGAACCAUGAAUUAUGAACAAACAAUUGUUGAUUCAGUUACUACGUUAAGAAUUUUUAACAAAUGUUUUAUCACAAGUGAUAACAAAACUCAAAUUAAACAAACUAAUGGGUUCGUAUAUGAUCAGUUCAGAUUGGUUGAUGGUUUAAGAAGAGCUCUGAAAAAACCAUCCACACCUAAAUUUAUCACCAGUAAACAAGAAGGGUUGGUUAAUUUUCAUGAAUUGGAUGCAUCUGUUUUGGAACAUAGAGUUUAUCCAUGGUUAUCAUUUGAAUAUCCAGUAUAUGAAAGAUGGACUGGUCAUGUACAAAGUACUCCACCAGAAAUGGAUAAAUAUAUUAAAGAUGGAAGUCAAAAAUCAGGACCACCAAAGGAUACAGUAUCAUCAUUUUUUUUGAACAAAUUAUACCACAAAUCAAAUGGUAAAGGUAUUGUGUUAUCCAUAUGUGAUGGUCAUGUUGAAGAUACUGUGAAAUUAAUUCAUUUAUUACGAGCAUUAAAUAACAAAUUACCUAUUCAAAUUGUUUAUUAUGAUAAUUUAGCCAAAGAAACAAAAGACAAAAUUGUUACCGCUGCAAGAGAAGUAAUGGUUACUGUUCCAAAAUCUUUUGAAUUGGUUUCAAGACUUUUCCCAGAGGAUUACUUAACCAACGGUUUACCACAACAAGAAGUAUGGUUUGUCAAUACAUACAAUGCCAUUCAUGCCAAUUUCAAGAAGAAGUUCCAUAAAUUUUCCAACAAGUUUUUAGCAACUAUAUUUAAUUCAUUUAAUGAAUUCAUAUUGGUUGACGCAGAUACUGUUUUAAUGCAAAACCCAGAAUAUUUCUUCCAAUUACCUGGAUACAAGAACACAGGUACAUUUUUUUAUAAAGAUAGAACAACUUAUGAAACUAGACCUGCUUCCGAUGGUAAAUUUUUUGAAAAAUUAGGUCCUUCAGUGCUUGAUUCUGUCUUGUUCAAUAUUCCAAUCAUGAGUUCACAUACAUUAGAUAUGCCAUUUUUUAAAGGACUUUUCCAUGAAAUGGAAUCUGGGUAG